AUGCAGACAAAGUCGGACAGAAAGAAUGCCAGUGUACGCUAAUCACGUAAAACUAGUGCAUCACUCUUAGUUUCAGAAUUUCUUGCUCGUCGCCUUCGCUGCGUUCACAAUCGGAUCAUUUGUGAUUAUUGCUGACAAGAGCAAGGGAACGGUUCUGUGGCACGUCUUCGCUGGAUUUGUUAGUUACCGGCCGGCACUGUUCUAUAAAAAUGUUUUUUAGGCCAUUUUCGAAACCAUAAUCUCGUUCCUGUACGUGUGCGAGAACUCCGUUCUCAUGUCGAUCCAUCUGCUCUACCAGACGGUUAUGUUCAUUCUCCCUUUGUUUUUCUUUUCCGUUACCCUUGUCUCCUUCUACGGUGAGUCUAGAAAUCUACCUUUACCUCGCAAAUAUCACUUCAGAUCCGGCUGCCGUGUCCGCGUUUCUGGAAUCAUUCAAACUUGAACAGAUAAAUGGGUUUGUUUCGAAGCACUCGGUUGCGUGGACCAUGUUCUGUGUCAUGCUGCUCAUCGGUUUGUUUCUCUACCUAUUGUCAGCCUUACAACACGAUUUCAGUGUGGACUGGUCGCAUGAUCCUGACUUUCUUGAAACUCACUAAUCUCAUCAUCAAGAAAUUGAUUCGUAGGGCGAAUCGACGAACAAACAAAACGAAUAAGGCAGUGAUCUCUAUGGCGGAAGAUGUCAGACCCAUUUUUAUUCGAGCGAAAGAUCUCCUUUUCAGAACCAGCUUCGCAAUGUGCUCAACAUUUCUUCUGUCAUUCUGUUCACCAUCAUGGCCUAUUUCAACGACAUGUCUAUGCAGAACAUCUACCUAGGAUUUGUCAGUUUCAGUUCUUGUUUAGCAGCCGUGUCAUUUAUUUCAGGCUCUGUUCGAACUCGUGAUGGCCGCUUCGCAUGCGUGCGCGGCCCCGGUUCUCAUGGUCGCUCACUACAUGUACCAGGCUGUCGCGUUCUCUUUCCUGGCUUUCCUCACGAUCAUCGUUUGCAUUCACGAUGCCUGUCAGGGAUUUUUUCCAUUUUAACAAACUGUAAUUACACAUUUCAGUUCCGGCGCCAGUCAUGUCGUUCCUCAGCUCGUACGGACUCAUUCAAGUCAGCAGCUUCGUUUCCAAGGGACCGUACUUUGCUGUUUUGACUCUGACUGCCUGUAAGUCCUCUUUUAUCCUUACCGUUCUCUAGUUUUGUUUACAGUCUGGUACUUCCGAAUGCUUGAUCUCGGUUGUGAUAUUGUCGAUUUUUCCGUUAUGGGACGCAUCAAUCAGAAAAGAGUCAAGAGGGCCGAGCAAAUGGAGACUCCACUCAUCAAGUUUUAA